CUGGGAUGCUGCCUACGAAAGAGAACUGCAAACUUUUCAAGACAUUGGAGAUACCGGGGAAAUCUGGUUUGGAGAGGAAAGCAUGGUGCGCAUAAUCAGGUGGCUGGAAAAGCACAAGGUCCCCCUUGACAGCUCUGUGCUUGACAUUGGGACUGGCAAUGGUGUUUUACUGGUUGAAUUGGCAAAGUCUGGCUACAUGAAUCUCACAGGGAUUGAUUAUUCACCUUCUGCAAUACAGCUUUCAGAAAAAGUGAGAGACAAAGAAGGGAUGUCUAACAUUAAAUUAAAGGUAGAAGACUUCCUGGCCCCCUCAGCUGAGCUGUCAGGCUUUGACAUUUGCAUCGACAAGGGGACUUUUGAUGCCGUCAGCCUGGACCCCAGUGAUGCUGCGGGGAAGCGAAGGCUGUACGUGGCAUCCCUGGGCAGGGUGCUGAAACCAGAGGGCUUCUUCCUCAUCACCUCUUGCAACUGGACCAAGGAGGAGCUGCUGGACGAGUUCAGAGAAGGAUUUGAAGUUCUGGAGGAGCUGCCAACACCCAAGUUUUGCUUUGGAGGAAGAAUUGGAAACAGUGUUACAGCAUUGGUUUUCCAAAGGAAAAAAGUGAGGCCGUCCAUCUUGGACAAAUUAGAUUAGAUGAGAAAAGUCUGAACUUUAAACCUGACAGAAAACCUCAGACACGUGUGUAAAUAAAUGCUUUUGGAGUGCACAGUAAAAUACUAUGUAUGGAGCUCUGAGGGACUAUAAAACAUUGCCCUAGAAACAUUUCAGCUUUGCAUCAUUUCCCCAUAAAUUGUGUCCUUGCUACAACCUCACUUGUUUCAGGGAAGCUGCAAGUUUGCAAGAGAGAGGAAAAUCAGAUGUGCUAAAUACAGAGACCAAUAUAACUGAAUGAUAUUUGUGUUUGAAAUAUAAAGAUUGUCUGAUAUUUAAUUUCUGUGCUGGUAAGCAGUGACCUAUAGAGGUAAAGGUAUCCUACAAAGCAAAAAUCUCAUUUCUCUCUUGUGCAGUGGAAUAGGGAACAAGCUUUUGCAGUGUAAGUGCUGGCUCUUUAAUGAACACGAGGGUGGCUGGUAGGGAGGGAAAUGAAUACAAAAUCCACAGCACUUUCCAAAAAGGACCAGUUGGUACUUUAAAUUCAGAUUUUCAGACUUAGCAUAAUUGUGUCUCCUCUGAAGCAGCUCAGCUCUUUUCCCACAGAGGGAGUUUUUUAAGUCUCCCUUUGCUGAGUGUGUUCAUGCCUGGUCAGUUCCUUUCCCUGAUCUCAUGAAUACAUAAAGGUGUGAUGUUGCAGCCUCUGGUGUGUGACAUGUGCCUCCUUCAUUAUUAACCUGCUGUAUGGGAAUGUCUUUGGAGCCACAAUGACAAGAAGUUUUCCAGUGAAUUUCUCAGGGUGGAUUUUAACUGCAUAAAUCCAAAAGAAUUCAAAGCAUAACUAUCCAUUCCUUAUGCUUUUUUAUAUGUGUUUUUUAAACUUCUGUGUGCAAUCCUUUUGCUCAAUUUCGUUGCCUUCAUUUCUUCUGUUUUGUAAUCUCAGAAUAUUGCUGUUGCUUGAAAGGCAGGAAAAUGAGAUUUCUUCAUGCCUCGACAAACACAUUUGCAGGUGACAAUAAACUUGUUCUUUCAAACAUCAA